AUGUUACAUCUCGUCAGUAGUUAUAUCGUAGUUAUGUUACAUCUCGUCAGUAGUUAUAUCGUAGUUAUGUUACAUCUCUACAGUUAUAUCGUAGUUAUGUUACAUCUCGUCAGUAGUUAUAUCGUAGUUAUGUUACAUCUCGUCAGUACAGUUAUAUCGUAG